GUGACAAACACGACCAUUCAGCGGAUUCUUUUCCAUCUGUGACCCGGAAGCGGAAGUGCGGUUAUCCCCUUCAUUUUACAGUGGUGGCUGCUGUUGCUGACAUGCUUCUGAGAUGAGGUGACCUUACCGGCAUUAAAGAGCUAUUUGGUGAAUGAAUACAAGCCGGAUUUCUUAAAAGUCACAAAUGCUCAUCUGACAAAUACAACAUCAGGCACAAGAUCUUCAGGAAACGCUGGAAGUUAUUAUGGCAGAAGCGCAGCAAGCUCGGGUACAAACGGCUGUAGAGAGUAUGGUCGAGGGUCUGGAACGUGAACACAUACGUAAAAUGCAAGGUCGCAUGUUCCGGUGCAGCGCUGAGUGUUGUGAACAGCCGUCACAGUCUAUGCAGCAGGUUCACCAAUGCAUAGAGCGCUGCCAUGCCCCCCUGGCACAGGCCCAGAGCCUAGUUACCACUGAACUAGAGAAAUUCCAGGACCGGCUGUCCCGCUGCACCAUGCACUGCAACGACAAGGCCAAGGACCUCUUUGACUCUGGGACCAAGGAGCCAGCAGUGCGGGCGGCCAUGGAGCGUUGUGUGGGCGGCUGUGUAGAUGACCAUGUAAACCUGCUUCCCAGCAUGACACGGCGUCUGAGGGACAGCCUGGGGGCUAUACCACAGUGACAGGGUCCCAUGGCUGGGGAGGGCUGACCAGUAAUUGGACCUCCGAGGCACUAGGUGGCACUGGAUAGGAGGGAUUGAGGAACAUCUCUGUGACCCGCAAGAGUCUGUGAGGAAUCAAAUGCUUGCACUCUAAUGGGAUGAGAAGUGGUGUACCCUCCCCUUUAAGCUGCACUAUCCAUGUGCCGGGCCUCAAUGUUACAUUAACGACAGAGAUGAUAUAGAGGAGCUCAUCCAGAAACUCACCAUGAGGGUCUAGAUGAGUUAACAAUCUGUGGACUCUGUCCUGGCAUUAAGACUUCAGCUAUACAUGGUCUGACCCUGGGCCUUGGAGAAAAUAAUGCUUUAAGAACAAUCCUGACCAUAGCUGUAGGUACUCAGCACAUUCUCCAAGCUGUGACAUUUCUGGUUCUUUUGUAAAAUGGAAAUAAAAUUAAGUACACACUCCA